AUGGAGUAUUACGAACUAUGCAAAUUAAAUGAAACUAUACCUUUGAAAAAACAGAAUCCAUUCGCUCCUAAACACCCAUUUAGACUAGGAGUUGCGGGCACCGCUGAGUCUGGAAAGACGAGCAUGGUAGUACAUCUGCUUCUAGGAAGUAAAUAUCCAAAAAUCUAUCCAUGGAUGUCUGGUGAAAAGCGUGGUCAUAAAAUACCAAAAGGUGGGAGCAAAAAUUUUGGUGAAAGGUAUAUUCCGUGUGAUGAUCUAAUUGUUGUCGCGCAACACCAAGAUGAAGAUUUAUGGGAAGCAGUACAAUGUUUUUAUGAAUUUAUAGCCAAGGAUAAGCAAGCUCCAUGGUAUGAAAAUGUGAGAUUCAAGCUAAUCGCACCUGAAGAACUACCUGAUAUUUCGUCUUUCAAAAGAACUGGCCGAUUUACUGUUAUAGUCUUUGAUGAUCUUGCCGGGGAACCUUUGGCAACUCAGCUAAAAAUUCUUCCUUUCUUUAGAUCAGGCAGACAUGAUGGAAUUAGCUCAAUUUAUAUAGCCCAACGUUUUUAUGAAAUCCAUCCAAAUAUACGCGCAAAUCUUAAAUAUAUUUCAUUGCAUCGUGGAUGUGGAACAUUAGAUAGUAUAAAGCGAAUUCUUAAAGAUAUACAUGAUGAUUAUGAGUCUCUAGCAAAAAAAAUUUAUGAGGUAAUAAAAAAACACUUUGUGGUUAUUGAUAUCCGAAGACCAUCUGAUGACCCCUUAUCAAUUAGAUUUAGAUGGGACAAACCUUUGAAAGAUAGCUGA